AUGGCUGCGUAUGUUAACCGCUCAAUGUCAAUGAUGGCUGGCGAUGGGCCCCACAAUGUUGCAAUACUCAAUAAUGGCCCUGUACGUGUCAACAUGGCAAAUGUGGACUCCCCGCUACAGAUAUUUGUGAGGGCCAAAAAGAAGAUCAAUGAUAUAUUUGUUGAAAUUGAUGACUAUGUUAAGGAUGCUGUCAGUUUUAUGCAUGCAGUAUCAGGUGAAAAGGGAAUUGCAACUCCCCAGGAUGUGGCCAAUGUGGAGGCAUAUGUCAGUAAAGUGCAGGCUAUACGGGAGGUGCUUAAACGUGAUCACAUGAAGGUUGCAUUCUUUGGCAGGACAAGCAAUGGUAAAAGCACAGUUAUAAACGCCAUGUUACAUGACAAAAUUCUUCCUAGUGGUAUAGGGCAUACAACCAACUGCUUUUUGCAAGUUGAGGGCUCUGACACCAAUGAGGCCUUUCUACGAACUGAUGGCUCAGAAGAAAAACUCAAUGUACAGUCGGUGAGCCAGUUGGGGCACGCGUUGUGCGCGUCGCGGCUGCAGGAGUGCUCGCUGGUGCACGUGUACUGGCCGCGCGAGCUGUGCGCGCUGCUGCGGGACGACGUCGUGCUGGUGGACAGUCCCGGGGUCGACGUCACGCCCAACCUGGACGAGUGGAUCGACCAGUACUGCCUCGACGCUGACGUGUUCGUGCUAGUCGCCAAUGCUGAGUCCACGCUCAUGGUCACCGAAAAAAACUUCUUUCAUAAAGUAUCAACGAAAAUAUCGCAACCGAAUAUAUUUAUUCUCAAUAAUCGAUGGGAUGCAUCUGCAUCUGAACCAGAAUAUUUGGACCAAGUCCGCACACAACACGCGAAUCGCUGCGUGGACUUCUUGUCGCGCGAGUUGCGAGUGUGUUCGCCUAAAGAAGCGGAGGAGCGUAUCUUCUUCAUAUCUGCCAAGGAAGCCCUGCUCACGCGCAUGCGUGAACGAGAAAAACCUGUCUCAUCGCCGAUCCUAGCGGACGGCCACCAGGUGCGCUACUUCGAGUUCGUGGACUUCGAGCGCAAGUUCGAGGAGUGCAUCAGCCAGUCCGCGGUCCGCACCAAGUUCGCGCAGCACUCGCGACGCGGCAAGAACAUCGCCGCAGACGUUAUGGCCGCCCUAGAACAGGUGUACAACAGUGCUACUGAUCGCAAAACAACCAUGGUCGAGAAGCAACGUCUCCUGCACGAGCAGCUGUCUGCUAUAGAAGAACAGCUGACCACCAUCACGCGACAGAUGAAGGACAAGAUCAAUCGUAUGGUCGAGAGCGUCGAACAUAAGGUGUCGCUGACGCUGAGCCAGGAGAUCCGUCGGCUGUCGGCGCUGGUGGACGAGUACGACGCGCUGUUCCGGCCGGAGCGGGCGGCGCUGGAGCAGUACAAGCGCGCGCUGCACCGCCACGUGGAGGCGGGGCUCGGCUCCCGGCUCAAGAAGCGCCUCUCCAGCGACAUCGGGCACGAGAUGGACGAGGCGCAGAAGGAGAUGGCCGAGCGCAUGUACAGCAUCCUGCCGUCGCACAAGCGCGGCGCGGCGGCGGCGGUGAUCGUGCCGCACCAGCAGCCGUUCGAGGUGCUGUACCGGCUCAACUGCGACAACCUCUGCGCGGACUUCCACGAGGACCUCUCCUUCCGCUUCUCCUACGGCAUCACCGCGCUCAUCCAGCGGUUCCAGGGCAAGCACGCCAACCGGAUAGCGCUCAAGAACCCGCCCACGUACGCGCAGAUUCCGCCUACGAUAAGUAACUCUCCGCUGCCGACGAUGGAAGUGUCCCGGACCAGUAGUGCUAUAGGUCCGCUGAGCGCGGAAGAUUGGGGCAUGAUCUCGCGCUUCGCCCUCGGCACCCUCACCUCGCAGGGCACCAUGGGCGGCCUGCUGCUCUCGGGACUGCUGUUGAAGACAGUCGGUUGGCGCGUGGUGGCAGUGACGGCGGCGGUGUACGGCGCGCUGUACGCGUACGAGCGGCUCACGUGGACCGCCAAGGCGCAGGAGCGGCUCUUCAAGAAACAGUACGUCGCGCACGCCAGCAAGAAGCUGAGGCUCAUCGUCGACCUCACAUCCGCCAACUGCAGCCACCAAGUGCAACAGGAGCUGUCGACGAUGUUCGCGCGGCUGUGCCGUCUGGUGGACGAGGCGACGACGGAGAUGGACGGCGAGCUGUGCGAGGUGCGCGACAACAUCAAGCUGCUGGAGGACGCGUCCGCCGCGGCCAAGCGGCUGCGCAACAAGGCCAACUACCUCGCGCACGAGCUCGAGCUGUUCGACGACUCGUUCCUCAAGCGCGACUAG